AUGUCUUCUUCCCAACAGCCCCCUAGGCCCCUCAGCCACUUCUCUCCUGUCCCCGUAUCCGCUGUCUCCGCCUUGUAUGACAACGACAACAAGAUCCUUUAUCUCAAGGCCCAAGGCAAUGCCCUCAACAUCACCACUGAUAUCCAAAUCGUCCGCCUCCAGCAACUCGGCGGCUUGCUCUUCCAGGUCGUAGGAUGGGUCGGCCCCAUCAGCGAAGGAACCCGCCCUUACACCGUAUCCAACACCUUCCCCAUCGACCUCCCCAGCCGCGUCUUCCCCUCCGGCUCCGUCGUCAUCAAGGGCGCAGACAACAAGCAGCUCACCGUCAAGAUCGAGCCUCUCCUAAAGGACGGCGGCAGCAACGCCAAGCUCCAGACCUCUUCCAACGCACAGGCCGACUUCGAGAUCCCCAACGUCAAGCUCAUCCCCCCUACGGAGCCCAUCAUUACCAAGCUCGGACAGGGAUUCACCGUCCGCCAGAAUGACCAGUUCAAGGGCCAGGGAGGCAGCGUCGACGUCUUCUUCCACCCGGCCUUCGUCAAGCUGACCAACGCCAGCAUCGUCGAGAACCAGAUCGAGUGGACCUUUAACACCCUGCAGACCGGCAACACCCAGAUUAUCGUCUCCGUCUCCCAGCAAAACCCUCCCUUCUCCUACCGCGUGGUCCGCAACGUCAUCGUCAAGCCGGCCGCCUCCACCGAGGCCCUCAAGCCCCUGGCCCUCUUCUCUGUCAACGACGCCUCCAAGGCCACCCAAGACAACACCGAGGCCGAGAUCUCCAAGUCCGGAAACAAGGACUCCUCCAACUUUGUCAUCCCCUCUUGGGACGCUGCCGUCAACAUCGGCCUUCAGACGAUCCAGAAGCAAUUCCCCGACGCCAAGCUCCAGACCGCCACAGGCCGCUCCCCGACCGGCGCCGGCGUCGAGCAGCCCUAUGAACUCUCCCUCGUCACCGUCACCGCCCGCCUCGGCAACAACAAGACGGCGACCGUCAGCACGGACGGAGUCCUCAGCUUUGGCCCCGUCCACACCGGAAAUGCUCUCCUCGGCGUUGACACCAUCAACUGGCCUGUCAAGGUCAACUCCAACGACGUCUUCUCCAUCGCCCGCAAGGCCGGGUUCCAGGAGCCCGUCAACAACAUUGCGCUCUCCAAGCCCAUCGGCCCCACCCUUGAACAGCCGCUCUACACGCUUACCCUCGGUGACUUGAGCGUUCAGAUUGGAGCUACCGAUGGCAAGAUCCUCAGCGAGAUCCGAUCUUAA